AUGUCUAAACAAAAAAGAAAUAUUUUCGCUUCAACUUUGGCUGGUACUGGAGCAGGAUAUCAGUCAAUUCGAGUUGCAUCAAAUUAUGAUGGAAUUGGUAUAUUAAGGUCAUUCGCCAAAAUUGCUAAAAAAGAAGGAUUUGUUGCUUUAUACAGAGGAACGUUACCUGUCAUGUGUAUCGUGGUUCCAAGGGUGUCUCUACAAUAUACAGGACUAGCAAUGUUUAAACCAAUUUUUGAUAGAAUGGAAGGAAAAUUUAUACCGCCAGGAAGUGCAUCGGCAUUCACCGGGAUAUGUACAGGAAUAAUGCAAGCGGUAACUUUAGUGACACCAUUGGAAUUAGUUAAAAUAAGGCAACAAACUGAUUUAGAUCGAUCGAAAUAUCGAGGAAUGUUUUCGACUAUUGCAUCAAUUGUAAAGGAAGAAGGGAUAUUAGCAAUGUAUAAAGGGUUGGUUCCUACGAUAUUUAGACAAUCAUGGGGAUUAGCUGUUAAAUUUACAGGAUAUAAAACAUUUGUAGAUUUAUUUCGUAUACAAAGUCAUGAUAAUUUACAGCCUCAACAUUAUGUUGCAUCAGGAUUUUUGUCAAAUGUGUUGGUAGGCGUUCUCAAUUCCCCACCUGACGUUGUAAAAACAAGAAUGCAAGAUCAAUCUGCUUCAUAUAAAAACUCUUGGGAGUGUGUAAAAUUUAUGUUAAAAAAUGAAGGUCCCCUUUCUUUCUUUAGAGGUUCUUUAUUAAGAAUUAUUAGAAUUGCCCCUGGCGGAGGUAUUCAAUUUGCUACUUUUGAAUAUUUAUAUAGAUCAUUAGAAAAUAAAGUUUAA